CCGUCCGCUGCGGGAGCGGAGCUCAGCUCUGAGCGCGCUGGGGGCUGAUCGCGGAGCCCCGGGGGAAGCCCCCCCCCCGCAAGACGCGGGCUGCAGGCCCCUCCCCGAGCUGUGAUUGUAUCGUGCUGGUUGUGUCUUAAGUGGGCUUAACCAGGGGCAGGGCUUGGCAGUGGCCCCUUGGUGUUUUGAGGAGGUCUCCCCGGCUGUGCAUCUGGAGAUGAGGAGUGGCUGCAAGACUUAACCUGGGAAGCGCAGCAGCACUGUUAGGUGAACCCGCGCGGGCACUGGCAUUCAGGACGGAGCCUGGCACACACGGCACUUUGACAAAAAGGCACGAAGGGAAGCGUGAAGAUGGAGUGAGUCCCAGUUGGAGGCAGAAUUGGACAGAGGAGGCCCUUUAGUGCCAACUCCUCUCCUAAGAUAAAAAGAGAAGCUGUCUAAGGAAGUCUCCAAAAAGAGCUGCCUUUACUCCAGACCGUCUUCCUGUUCAGAUCAGGUUCAGUUCUCCUCCAUGACAUCCCCAGACCUCACCACCUUUGCAGCCUUAGGAUACUCUGCCUGCCCCCUGCAGAUCCCCAGUCCUGCUGUGCUGGGCCUAUGCUGGUGCACAGGCCUUCCCUUCCCAGCCCCUUUGGACUCACCUGGCCACUUGCCUAGUAUACCUCUUUUUUAAGUAGAGAUAAUAAGCCUUUCUUUGAAUAUGUUCAGGCUGUGUUUCUGCUGGACUGUGAAUCCCUUGAGAGCAUGCUCAGCAUAGGGCCUGGCAGUAGUGGCUGUUACUGGUAUUUGAUGGACAAGAGAAAUCUCUGAGUUCACUGAUUUCAUCUGUUCACCAUGCAUGGUGAAGAAUGCAUCAAAAGGGGUGCCAGUUGUGUCAUGCUUUAAAGUUCAUCUAGUACCUUAAAAUCCUCCCAUUUCACUCACCUUUAGCCUCCAGCAGCAGCUUUUCUGUUUCCUUUUUACAGAUUAUAGAAACCAACAUUCAGAAACGUUAAAUGACUCGCCUUCUGGCUAACCAGAAAUUUUGGUUGGGGUAUAUGGCUCAGAAGUAGAGUGUUGCUUAAUAUACUCCUCCUUCCAGAAAAAAAGAAAGUUGUCUCUUUUCCCUGUAGCUUAGUAGACAGAUUAGCACAGGCUGGCUGUUGCUCCUCUUCUACCAUCUUGCUGGCUGACACAUGCUGGCUUUCAGAUCUUCAAGCACUCAGCUUGGAUGGUACCUUCAUUUGGCUCUCCCACCUGUUUUGUAGUUAUCAAAUGGUUUCAUUUGCAUCCUCUGAAACUUUGACUCAAGAAACUUUAGGGCCCAAGAAGGUUCCCUGGGUUGGUCAUGUUCUUUCAGCAAGUCUGGAACACAACUUUUAAGGGUCUGGAUUUGGCAAAGGUAACACCUCUUGGGCUGAUUUUCUGACCUUCCAGAUAUCAGAGGUCUUGGUUUUAAGUAUGGCUCUGUCAGGCCGUUUUGUGGUGCUUGUGUGGUAGCCAUUGAGUCCCCAUUGGGGGGGGGGUUGUUUCACAGGAAAGGGAAUCUGAUGUUCCUCAACAUGGCCUGAUAUGAAGGAGUCACACCUCCUGCCUCCCCAAGCUGCCCAGUGGCUGCCUUGUAUCUCAAGUGCGGGAGCUGGUUGAAAUGUCGGGGAUGGAAACAAAUGUGACUAUCCCAAUCUGGCAGAACAAGCCUCAUGGGGCUGCUCGAAGUGUCGUGAGAAGAAUUGGGACCAAUCUACCCCUGAAGCCGUGUCCCCGGGCAUCCUUUGAGACCCUGCCCAAUAUCUCUGAUCUGUGUUUGAGAGAUGUGCCCCCAGUCCCUACUUUGGCUGAUAUUGCCUGGAUUGCUGCUGAUGAAGAGGAGACGUAUGCCCGCGUCAGGAGUGAUACGCGCCCCCUGAGACACACCUGGAAGCCAAGCCCUCUGAUUGUUAUGCAGCGCAAUGCCUCAGUGCCCAACCUGCGUGGAUCUGAGGAGAGGCUCCUGGCCCUGAAAAAGCCAGCCCUGCCAGCCCUAAGCCGAAGCACUGAGCUGCAGGAUGAGCUGAGCCACCUGCGCAGCCAGAUCGCCAAGAUAGUAGCAGCAGAUGCAGGAAGUUCAAAUGUCUCUUCUCCCUUACCUUGUUUUGGAUCCUCAUUCCACUCUACAACUUCCUUUGUCAUUAGUGACAUCACUGAGGAGACUGAGGCAGAGGUCCCUGAGCUUCCAUCAGUCUCCCUUUGUUCUGCCAGCCCUGAAUGCUGUAAACCAGAACACAAAGCUACCUGCAGUUCAUCUGAAGAGGAUGACUGCAUCUCUUUGUCCAAAGCCAGCAGCUUUGCAGACAUGAUGGGUAUUCUGAAGGACUUUCAUCGGAUAAAACAGAGCCAAGAUCUGUCUCGGAGUUUAAUGAAGGAGGAAGACCCUGCCGUGCUUAUCUCUGAGGUCCUAAGGAGAAAGUUUGCUCUGAAGGAAGAAGAUAUCAGUAGAAAAGGAAACUGACAGCACCCUGCUCUGCAAAACUCAGUCUCAUGCUCCUGGAAUUCCUUCAAUAGCUGCCUUCCUCAUCGCAGGGGAUUCUGCCUCUCAGAAAUCUUCUGCAACAGUCUUGCUGACAGGCCGGAACUUGGACUGAAAGAGAGGAGUUGGAUUAUGUGUGUUUCAUACUUCAACCUUAGCAGAGCUGGGUUUGAACUGAGACAUUUUUACAGGUAAUUGUGAAGGGUAGAGUGUAUAUGUUUAAGGGGUGAAGUCAAGUUUCUUGCUUUUCCUUGCCCCUUGUGAAAAUAGGACCUAAAUGAAUGACUUUGUUUCACUGCAUUAGAUCCAAUAACUGGUCUGACAGACCCUGCACAGCUGUCACUCGCUCUCAGCCGCUUCUUUGCAGCAGAGUAGGGCUGAGGGGAAGGGGCUCUGAGUCUAUGUACAUGUUCACAGAGGAGGGAUGAUCUUAUGCUGCUCCUUUACCAAUCUACACCAAUGCCCCCAAAUCCUUUUCCCUGUCUAGAUGUAGAGGUCAGGCCACUGGACCAGCGGAUACUUGGGCUGCAGCUUGGAGGUCUGGAAUAUUUUUUCUUAAACAUAUUUUAUAAUACUCUACAACCAAAUCUACCCUCCAAGGCCCUGGGCCCUCAUCACUUCUACUGAUUGGAAAUUUCUUCCAUGGACUUCAGCUUAAGUCUAGCAGGAAAAGAGAAAUGGGGGAGGAACAAGCAUUCCAUCCCUCUUCCAGGCCCUUGAUUGACAGUUCCCUUGGGUUGGGCUAUGGUUUGGACCUACUGCAUCAUGCAUGACUCAGUUGCCCUUGGGGCCCUUUCUCUAUGGUAUAUAUACUAUGCGUGUUUGGGUUGAAGCACUACCUGAUAUUAAAUGAAGGAUUUAGAGAAA